AUGCGUGUGUUCUCAAUGGCGUUCUCCCACUGACUUGCUAAGGAAGAGCCUAGUUGGGAAAAAAGCUAUUUCGAGAAUCAAUUGCGUAUGCAGCAGAAGCUCCAGCCCUUGUUCACUCCAUAUAAGGGGAAGCACUGGCAUCGUGCAGCCGACGAGCCAAACAUUUGUCACAGGCAGUAAGAAGAGAGUGGAAGUCUGGCGAUCUCAUCUUUUCUGCAUGGACAGCGAGAAGAAGAACCGAUGGAGGGAAAGAAGAAGAGACUGGUGGCCGCCGCCGUCUGCGUGCUCGUCAUCCUGCUGUCGGCCAAGCAGCAGCGUGUCCUGCCGGUGGCCGACGCCGCGUCGGCGUUCUGCCAGUGCUACGCCAGCUGCUACCCGGACUGCAGGGCCAACCACGGCCGGGCGUUCUGCAAGGUGUCCUGCGGCUGGCUAUGCGUCGCCGGCGACCAGGCCGGGGGCGGGUGCCCGGGGGUCUGCCAGCAGGCCUCGCUCUGCGGCACCGUCGUCGCCGCCGAUGGUGAUGGCGGUGAGCCAGGUGCUGCUGAUGCCGCGGCGGCCUGUGAGGAGGAUUGUGCCAAGUACUGGAAGGCCAAGCACGGCUGAGUGAUCAUAAGAGCGAUAGAGAAAUAAAUUGGGGUCUGGACUCUGGAGGCUGCAUGUGUGGUUGAUGACGGUGUAUUGUGGUUUGUGAUUGAUUAAAUUGAUAGGAUCGUAAGAGUGCUGGAGAAAUAAAUUGGUUUUGUUUUCACUUCGUUCAGUCAAAUUUACUCGUUGUUUUUU